AUGAUUCGGUGGCGUGCUGGCCCAGGCCGGGGUCCACCCGGUCCACUCCUUCUCCUGAUGAUCACCUCGAUCUCCCUCCUCCCCUCCAUCUCUGCCAUCCGAUGUCAAUGCUCAACAUCAAGAGGCAGUAUUCCAUGCAAUCUACAGCUCAAUUGGUGCGAGGUCAACAAACUCAAUGAAAAGGUUGGCGCUUGUGCCGUCGUUCGAUCCGGUUCUCAACAACAUUUCGCUUGUGUGAGAGUGAAAGAAAGCUCCGGGGACACGUGCAAAGUGGACACGAAUGAGGAUGGAUCGACCACAACUCGUUGUUGGUGCAAAAGCGGCGACUACUGCAAUUUGGAUUUGCUUGAAGAGUUGGAUAAAUUACCACAGAGUCAAGAGAACGAGUUGUUGGAAGAGGACUCUCCAGAGACCGAAUCCGAGCCACCAUUUCAAAUCGAAAAGUCGUAUGAUACGAAUGAGGAUUCGGAUACAGCGUCUAGUAUCAGAGAAGUGCAAGGAAGACAACAUCCAAAAGGACGAGCUCCACAUCUGAACUCCCUUCUACAUACAUCGAACUCGUUUGAAGAUGCUGGCACGCAAGGCAAAAGAGAAGAUGAGAUUCUAUGGGAACGACAAGAAGCUGAGAUUCGAAGCAAGUUAUUGGCUGAGAGAUUGGAACAACAAAAAGAACGAUUGGAGAGACAGAGACAACAACAAGGUGAGGAAAGACGACGAAAAAAUGAAGAAGAACGGAGGAGACAAGACGAGGAAAACAGGAGGACCGAGAUGAGGAGGAGAGAAGAAGAACGACGACACCGUGAACAUGUUGAAGAAGAGAGACGGAGAAAAGAAGAAGAGGAAGAAAUGAGAAGAAGACAGCUUGAAGUGGAAGAAGAGGAGAGAAAAGAGAGGGAAAUGGAGGGGAAACGGAGGAAUCAUGGAGAUGAUGAGGAUGAGACGGAGAUUGAGGAGCAGAUGAAGUGGCAGCAUAAAGAGGAAGAGGAGAUGGAAGAAGAGCAGAUAUUGGCACAAGAAAGGGAAAGGGAAAGGGAAAAGGAAGAAAUGGAGACACAAAAGAGAAGAGAAUAUGAAAGAAAACUCAGAGAAGAACGAUUGAGAAAGGAGAAAGAGCAGAGGGAAAAAUUGGAGAAACAACGAAAAGAAAUGGAGGAAAGGAGGAGACGAGAAGAAGAAGAAAGGAAGAGAAGAGAAGAAGAAGAAGAAAGGAAAAGAAAAGAAGAAGAAUGGGAAAGGGAGAGGGAACAACAACAACAGCAGCAGCAACAGCAGCAGCAGCAUCAACAACAACAACAACAACAACAACAACAACAACAACAGCGACGUCUCCUUCCCGCCUCCCCCAGUCGACCGCUUUUGAUGUCCUACAACGAGCAGAGCGCUCAUCAGAUCGACUCCGUCGUCGUUGCACCCAAAAAUCGACAAAGCUCUAAUCGCCGUCGCCCACUCGAUGUCUCAUCGUUGAUCAAUCAGAAUAGAAAAGACCCCAGUACCUCAGCACCAUUGCCGACUAUUCCAGCAUCGAGGGAAGGCUUGGGCAUUAUGAGAAUUCAAAGCUUCAUCUCACAAGAAACCCCGAUAGAGACGACAAUGAGGACAACCACAACCACAACAACAACUACUACAACAACAACAACAACAACAACUACAACUACAACUACAACUACAACUACAACUACUACUACUACUACUACAACAACAACAGCAACUACUACGACUACUACUACCACAACUACUACAAGCUCAACGACAAUGAGAAUAACGACCACAACUACGGCAACAGCAACGCAAAAAUUGACAACUUCAAUCAUGAGAGAAAGAGCUGAAGAAGAAGCUCCAAAUUGGAAAGAAAAAUACGCAAGAGAGAAAACGACAGAAAAGAACUUCGAAAAUAAACUCUCCGAAUCACAGGAAGACUCGAAUCCUUUCGUUGAACCGCGAAGAGCUGGCGCUUUACCGGAUUCAGCGAAAUCGACACGAAUUCUCACUGGAUUCGCCAUUAUGUUGCUUAGCCUCUUUUUAAGGAAA